CGUUUACAUAAAACCUCCAACGGUGAUUUUUAUUUUCAGAAGUGAUAAGCAAAUCACCUGUUAGCCAACUAAUACAGUUUUUUGUCGUGUAUAUGUAUGUAAGGAGAUUUGGCAAUUGUUACUGCGACACACAAAUUACUGGUGAUUGAGCGAUCAACCGGUAGAAGUGAUAACCAAUCUGUAGAUGCCUCCAAUUUGCGGAAGGGAUAAAAUUUAUUAGCACUUAUGGCGCACAAUUAAGUUAGUAUAUUUGCUACUGUGACUUCAGUAUUACGCUGGACGCGUUGUUAUCCGGUUGGGUUGGGGACGUUUUUUACGUUUUUACAUAAUAUACUUUUGCUGAUUGAGUUAUAUGCUAGACCACGGAUAAAGUAUCGAGAACUUAAAAUGAUAUAAAGAGUGUUUAAGAUUUCAUAACAUCAGAAUCGUGCUUUGUAAUUCAUCUGUUCUAAUAGUACUUAGAGUACACAUCACACUCCACCUUUUAUUUUGCUAACAGAUAAUUCGCUCCCUUGGUGGUUUUUGGUCGGCUGGGUCAGCCUCUAAGGUAUCUGAGAUAUAGAAAUAAUAAUCGCUUAAAGUGAAGCGCGAACUUCAUAAAUCUUUUAACAUUACUUUUUUUUAUCCGAAUCCAAACCGCGACUACAAGUAGUACGCGUUAGAAAUGCCAGAACAAAGUGAAAAACUCAAAGUUUUAGUCACACAUCCAGCAACUCCACAGGCUGCUAUUGACUUAUUGUCGCAUAAAUAUGAGGUAAUCCUUUGCCAAAGUGUGCCGCCGAUACGUUCGGAGAUUCUGGAGAAGUGCAACGGUGUGCAUGCUGUAUUAUGGGCCACGCAUCUUCCCCUCGAUAAAGGAAUACUUGAUGCCAUAGGACCACAACUCAAAGUGGUAUCCACUAGAUCUGGGGGCACUGAUUUUGUAGACGUAGAAGAGUUUAAGCGACGCAAGAUACUGCUCGGUCAUACACCCUGUGUUCAAAACGAUGCAGUGGCAAAUAUGGCGGUUGGUUUAUUGUUGGCAGCAGCGCGUCGUUUCCACGAAGGACGUCUGAAGAUCGAGAAGUAA